UGGGCAAACAUGGCGCCCAACGGUGAAUGGAGCGUCCUCCCUGUUGAGGCACGGGCCGCGGUCGAUAGGCGAUUUUCCGUCGUCUAAACGCCGUUUUAUUUUCAACCGAACCCUCCUCGAGCGGAAAGCACGGACGCGAAGACGUCAUGCUUUGAGGGUUCGCACUUGCGGUGUGUGCUUCGUCGCCGCCAAAGAGUCGAGUGAGAGGUCGCAUCGUGCGACGCCCCCGUCUCUGCUGCCGCAGCUUGCUGCCCGAGUCGUGAAACAGCAUGACAGACCUGUUCAAGUCGGCGUUGGGUUACCUCGCCGGCGGUUCGUCUUCUUCGGCGAACGGUCGAGGCGCUGAAGACCACGAAUUCGUAGGCCAAGUGGUCGAGCUCGGGAACCAGAGGUUGCGCGUCAAACGGGUUCUAGCCGAAGGGGGUUUCGGCUUUGUAUUUGCGGCGCAAGAUUUGUCUUCAAACAGGGAAUACGCACUCAAGCGAAUGUUUGCUGGAGAUGAGGAGGCGAGCAGAUCCAUUCUCCAGGAAGUCAACGUCCUUAAAAAGCUUUCGGGCCACCCAAACGUGAUAGACUUCAUCGCAGCUGCGGCCAUUGAGAAAGGCCAGUCGGGUCAUGGCAAGUCGGAAUACCUUCUCCUCACAGAACUCUGCCCAGGUGGUCCCCUGGUGGAUGUCCUUCAACAGCGGACGACAAACCUCAGCCUCGCUCAGGUGCUGCAGAUCUUCUACCAGACGUGCAGCGCUGUCCGUCAUAUGCACUCGCAGAGCCCGCCUAUCAUACACCGCGACCUCAAGAUUGAGAACCUCCUGCUGAGUUCCAAAGGCACCAUCAAGCUGUGUGACUUUGGCAGCUCGACGACUAAGUCCUACAAGCCCGACAGCUACUGGACGGCCAUCCAGCGGAGCCUAGUCGAAGAUGAGAUGUGUAAAAACACGACUCCGAUGUACCGGCCGCCGGAAGUGUUGGACACGUAUAACAAUUACCCCAUCAACGAAGCCAUGGACAUUUGGGCCCUGGGCUGCGUCCUGUUCCUCCUGUGCUUCCGCGAGCACCCGUUCCCGGACUCGUCCAAGCUCCGCAUCCUCAACGCCAACUACAGCAUUCCCCCUGGGAACACCAACUUUGACAUCCUCCACGAUCUCAUACGAGGCAUGCUCCAGGUGAACCCCACAUCGCGGCCCACGAUCAUCGACGUGGCUGAGCGACUGCAGGAGAUGGGCGAGGCCAAGAACGUGCAGCUGGAGAGCUCGCCGGGGCUGCGCGGAUCGAGCCCAGUGACGAGCGGCGCAUCCCAGGGCGACACCAGUGCAGCCCCGCACAGCGUGGCCAACUCCACUUCCACACCGCCCAGCCGGCCACCUCCGCCGAGCCUCAACGUCCAUGGGGGCACAGCGCCUUCCGCGGCUGCUCCUCCUCCUCCAUUGGCAGCGGAAGGAGGCUGGGGCAGCGCAGGCCUCUUGACGUCGCUGCGUGGCGGCGCUGGUAGCCUGCUCAAGCGUCUAGGUGACACCUCCACCAAGGUCAUGCACAUGGCCCAACAGACGAUGGGCAAGGCUGACUUGGACUUCAACUACAUCACAAGCAGAAUUGCGGUUAUGUCAUACCCCGCGGAAGGGCUGGAGUCCGCGUACCGCAACCACGUGGAGGAUGUGCGGACGUUGCUGGAUGCCCGACACCGCGGCCACUACGCUAUCUACAACGUGUCGGGCCGUGCCUACUCAUCGGCCAAGUUUGACUGCAAGGUCACCGAGCGGGGCUGGCUGGCACGCAAGGCCCCGCCCCUGCACACCCUAUUCAACUUGUGCCGCUCCAUGCUGGCCUACCUGAACCAGGAUGCCCGUAACGUGUGCGUCGUCCACUGCCUGGACGGCAAGUGUUCGUCGGCAGUGUUGGUGUCGGCCUUUCUGGUGUUCUGCCACCUGUUCGACAGCCCCGAAGAGGCCCUGCAGAUGUUUGCCGUUCGCCGGUGUCCCGUCACCCUCUGCCCUUCCCAGACAAGGUAUAUCCAGUACAUGUCGCAGAUGGUCUCCCAGAACCACCAAGUGUUGCCGCACCGGUUCCCGCUGCAGAUUGUGGCGCUCACACUGAAGCCCGUGCCUCUGUUCACAAAGCUCAGGGAUGGAUGCCGGCCUUUUGUUGAGGUCUACGUUGGCGAGGAGAGGAUACACAGCACAUGUCAGGAGUACGAACGGAUUGCUCAUCACAACUAUGCAGAGAAGCAGCUGACGAUUCCGCUGAACGUUGCAGCUGCAGGAGACGUGACUGUUGCAGUCUACCAUGCUCGGUCAUCGUUUGGAAAGGUGUCACCCAUAAAGAUCUGCCAGGUUCAACUGUACUCUGGAUUCGUGGCGCCCGGCACGUCACAGUUAUCGUUUUGCAGGCAUGAGCUUGACGGCAUUGAGGAGUUGGACCGGUACCCGGAGGGCUUCCAGCUAACGCUCGAAGUCCAAGUCGGUGGCAGUCCCAGUCCACGGCUAACCAACGGUCUGUGGGCCGACCUCGAGCACCUGGAGACGAGCGCCGCCAUCCUGUUCAGCACCGACGAAGAGCUCGAGGCCUGCAUUGGCCACUUCUCUAGGAACGCUCCUGCUAGGCCACCUCCGCCUGCGACGCCCAGCUUACCAAGCAGGGACACUUCGCCGCAGCACUCUGAAAGCGACAUUCCAAGUGCCACCACAUCUGCAGAGACCCUGCUGGGCCCGAUGCGCAAGCUUUCAGCAUCGGACAGUGGGAACGCAGCGGCGGCGAACAGCAGUUCGCCGGCGCCUCCGCCACGGUCCAAGGCCAAGGAGGUGGACCUGCUCAACCUGGGGAGCUUCUCUGUCGACGAAGGUAGCGGCAGAGAGGCUCAGGCGUCCUCGGACCGCAUGGUGGAUGACCUCCUGGGCACUUCUUUGUCCAGCCAGCAGACGUCCAACUUUGACCUCCUUGUCAAUCACAGGUCAGCGCAACCACCGUUGAUCGGCGACCUCUCGUCGCCUGGCACCCCGGCCUUCGACCCGUUUGCCACCAGUGCCACAGCGGGGGCAGCACCUGCAUCGGGUGUGCCCACAGUCAACCUGUUGGAUGCCAAAUCUCCGACAGCCACCAAAGGCGGGGCCGACCUCUUCGACCCGUUUGGCACGGCCACCCCGGCUUCUGCUGCUCCCGGCUGGGCCAGCACCAGCGUCAGUGCAGGGAACACACCACAGCACAAGCAGGGUGGCAUCCCAAACAGCGUGUCAGCCUUCAACAUGGCUGCCGCUUCGACAGCGACAACUCAGAGUGGCGGAGGAGCCGCCAAACUCGACACCAUGCCGGGGACGUGGGACACCCUGUUCCCAGGCAGCACGUGGGUGCCGCUCGUCCCCUCGACGGGCGGCAGCGGAGUGGGGAUGCCAGCAUCUGGGCUGACGCGGAACGCUUCCACGCCAAAUCUCGAGGCGCUCGGGCGCAAGGCCGACCCGUUUGCAGACCUAGGAAACCUGACCGGUGGCUCCACCGGUGCCGGUGCAGCUUCCAAGACGGGAACAGCAACUGCGACAGGCUUCCCGGCUUGGUCACAACCAAAGCCGGCCACAGCCACGAGCAGCCCGCAGCCGACUGGAAGCGGCACGCAGGUCGGUGGUGCUGGCACCAAUGGUGCAAAGUGGAGACCCGGCAGCGCCGUUCCCCCGGCUGCUCCGACAGCCGCAGCGGCAGGGGCUGCGAAGCCAAACUACAGCGCCGCAGCCGCACCGGGUGGCGCAAGCGUGUUCGUGGAAAAGACUGCGGCUUCGGCUGGGGCACCUUACAGCAACGGCCAGAAGGCGAAGCUAACGGAGGACACCUUUGAGGACCUCCUGGGCACGCAGGGCUUCUCGGGUUUUGGCAAGAAGGACACUGGUCCCAAGACGAUUGCCGAGCUUCGCCGGGCAGAGAUGGCCAAGGAGAUGGACCCAAUCAAGCUCAUGAUAAUGGACUGGACAACGAAGAAAGAGCGCAACAUUCGGGCGCUGUUGUGCUCACUGCACACGGUCAUCUGGGAGGGCUGCCGCUGGACCGAGGUGGGCAUGCACCAGCUCGUGUCGCCGGCCGACGUCAAACGUUUCUACCGCAAGGCCUGCCUUGCCGUACAUCCCGACAAGCUUGUGGGCACCGAGCACGAAGAAUUGGCCAAGCUCAUCUUCAUGGAGCUCAACGAUGCCUGGAGUGAAUUCGAAAAGCAGCAGGGACUUGCCUAGUCAGGAGAAAGGGCUGGACUUUUCACCUCUCACCUCUGCUCCCCUCGCACAACCUCGGUGCUGCGUUGUUGUAGCGAAAAGGAGUGUGCGGAGACGGAAGACGACGAAAAGGCACGCAGGGUGCACGGCAGGGCCCGCACGACACGAAUGCCAAAACGCGAUCAUCGGCAACGAGAGCAGUGGCGUCCACGUGCCGGUGCCGCCAGGCGCACGUGUUUCCGAUGCUAUCGCGGACAUUUAUUUUACGUCCCUUUUUUUUUUGUCUCGGUGCUUGUCAUUGUUUUUACAACCAUUGCCGAAGAAACAGUUCUUGUCACAAGUCGACAUACACCAAAUUGUUACGUAUUGUUGACAUUUACACGUACACGUGUUGAGUUUGUUCUCAAAGAGGAUUUUGGAAGCCCUGUCCAAGCAGAUACGGUGUAAUCGUCAGACGUCUAUGGUCGGUCGGAAUCGGUCCGUUGCCUCCGUGUGCUAGUCGUCAGGCUCGUCUCGACUUGGCUUUCGGCAGCAGGAAACUUGCAAAGGCUCGGUUUUGGGCCACGUUUGGAGUGUAACACUCCCAUUUUUUUUUUCUCCUUUUAUUUAAAACUGAAAUUGGUGAGGCACGGCGCGUCCUUUGUGGCACAUUUGCGGGACAGAUGCUGUCGCUGCUUCUUUGGAGUCGAAUCAUCGGAACCUGCUGUGUGUUGCCCACAUAUUCAGAGAGCGGUGGUGUAUAAGAACUGAGCAGUAUUUAAAUAACUUGGAAGUCACUUUAGUUUUUAGCACGAUCAAAUGUCUACACCGCUGAGAAGCAUCGGCAAAUGCUCCAUGGUCAGAAACAGUUCUCGCCGUUGGAAAUGGUGAAACAUGAAGCUUUGUGCAAACGGUGACUUGUUGCGAGACAGUGAGCACUCAAUCCAGUUAUGCUUAACUAUUUUUUUUUAAUUUUCUGUUCAUUUUGUACAGUCUCUGCCUUCCAGCUUUGGCGAAUCUCUGAUAAGAAUACUUUUAACAAGAGUGAAGUAUUAGUGCAAAAGAGCUCACAAUACAACAGUGUUUCUUUUUGUUUCAACAUACCGACUUGACAGAGUGGGCUUGCAUGGAUUGCAGUACUGUUCCUGUGCUAGGCACAGUGUUCUAGACGUGUGCUCAACUGUUAUUACUUUUUUUUUUCAACCCUUUUGUACAUAAUGUUAUUUUUGCUGCCGCCUUUCUGUACUGCGGUGUCCUUUGGUGUUCCAAUUUUGAGUCAGUCAUUGCAGACUCCUGCUGUAAACUAAGUUGUCUUUAUUAUUAUUAUUAUUUCUACAUCCUUGGGGGUGCAUAUUUGUUGCUGUAGCUAGCUUUCAACUCGACAGUCUACCACGGUAGGAGGUUUGAGUUUGGCAUUACGCACUGAAAGCCACGUCGCUGCGUUAUCAUUCCAGCACUUUAUAUUUGCAUAUCAUUGUCAUAGCAAGAUUUGUUUUGGUUUUAUAGGGAUCAAAGAAGACUUGUACAUUCUUUUAUAGCUUCGUUUGGCACGCUUUCAAAGAGGCCUCGUUAAAACGUGGCACUUGCAAACGACAAUUGAAGCGAGUGUCGCAGUUGUAUUCCCUCCAUGGGGCUGUGUUCUUUUGGUUCCAAACUUUUCGGGAUGUUCUUAUUCAUAGGUGCUCUAUAUGCUGCCCUUCUUUUAUGUUGGCUCGUUUAUUUGGUUGGCUAGUUAACCAUCUCCUUGCUGUUUACUAACUAGUACCUCUGUAGCAGACAGGCGUGGCACUAGCAACUUUUCUCCAAGCCCGACGACACACUCUGUGAAAGCUGCACAGUGGAUUUUUAGGUUUUCGCUUUAAAGCUAACCACUACACGUGUUUUCUGUUAGGUGAAGCUUUUAUGGUUACACACGUUAAUCAAAGUACUUCUGUUGUUUUGUGAAAAGUCGUUUCCUGCGCUUCUAUCUUCAUUGGAGAGAAUUCAUCGGCGGGGAUUUUGUUUGUGGUGUACGAAAUGCUGUCUACGUCAUGUGCCAUGUUUAGCGUAGUCUGGUCACUCCAGUACUUCUUAUGGGUGGUAUGCACAUUUCUGUGAGCACACCAGUACACUUUAACGCGUUUUGUGCCCGGAGGAUCAAAAACUUGUGCUGUCAACGUGAAACGCAGAUCUGGCUUUGUUGUUGUGACGGGCAAAUGCGCCAUGCCUGAGAUGUAUUUUGCAGGUUGUGGGUAAUGCAGCAACCUUGAUACAGUCAAACCUCAUAAAAACAAAAUUACAUCUGAGACAAAAAAUAGUUUCGUUAUGAUUGAAAAUUUGUUAUGAACGUACAUUUGCAACACUGGCCUGAUCGCAUGACUGUUCUUCACUUACUUUGUUAUACAAUUCGUUAUAACAGAUGAUUCUCUGUUUCCGCAUUUGUUAAAAUGGAAGUUUGGCUGUACUUGGAAUCAAAAGUUCAAAACUUUUUUAAGGAGGCUUUGUACACUUUGGUUCUGCUGUUGAAAGCAAGAGCAGCGCGUUUACCAUGACACCAUUUUGUCAUUUUAGUUGUGAUUUUAUUGUUUCUUCUGUCUUUCUGUCUAUUUUCUUUUACUGCACUGUAUUCUACUACCACUGCUCUUCAAGUGUUGCGUAGUGAUCCACUUGUUACAGGUGGGUAACAUCUUUCACACCAUGUACGUGCAUGCCAUUCACGUUGAAGCCGGGAAAAACAAGGGAUGCCCCGGGGUUGUGCGAGGGGGACGCGGGAUUGCUUCACCAGUGCUGCUUUGUCGGCACGAGUGCAUGCUGCUCUUGGCAAGCAGGUUGCCACUCAAGCGCUGCUUAGCAGGAAAUGUCACACGACACAGGCACAUUUAGGCUACAAGACUGGAUCUAGAAUACACUGUGUCCCUCGUCCCUUUAGAGGCGGCGUGCAGGCAUCUCUCUAGGGGCUGGCGUGUGUACGAGGUUCGUCUACUUGGAAGGGGUGCAGGCGAGGCACGUUUAUAAAAGGACACACAAAUGCUGCAACAGUCGUAAAUGUGGUCGUGCGCGGACGUUGGUCCGUGUGGCAGUUUUUAAGUUUUUUCGGAGCAGUCGAUGCUUGAUCCGAAGCUGUUGCCAAGGCUUAUAGUGAAGGUCCUCUGAAAUUCAUGAUGUUAGGAUGACAUCACAGUAUCGGUUCAUCCUCCCAUCAUUCAGGCUGGUGUAUUGUUAGGGAAAGCUGCCCAUUAGUGUUUGGUGCAACGUAACUUUAGAGAAAGUUUCUGAUUUAUCAUGUAAAAGAAGUAACAUUGGAUUCUAGUGUAGCUGUCGUCACUGAAGAAUUGUCUUGCAGACCUUAGGGCCAGUUUUGGGUCGCUGUAAGCAGUUGGUUGGUGAAGAGGAGCUGUUAUUGCAGGUGGGCCCCUCAGUGUGGUCUGGCAGCUGGUUUGGUCACAGAAAUUGGUCUGGCAGCUUUCCUUAAACCUGGUUAUGUUAGUUCAGUACAGUGAUGUUAGUUGCAAGGCAGGCUGGUAGAUUACACUGCAUUGUCGAGGCCUUUGUUGAAGAGGUGGAAGUGGUGUUACUUGAAAAUCAAAUUUGUGCUUUGUCAUUUGCGCCAUGAUUGUCUCUGUUGGUGUGUCGGACGCAAAAGCAAGUGCGUAUCUGGUAUACCGUAUAGCCGCACUUUGAACGGUCAUUUUUCCGAAGGACAUGGGGUAGCCAUCUACACUUUUUGCUUGUCGGUCUCUAGAGGGACGCCUUCUCGAAGCAUUUCCCUCGGUGAUGUACAGUGCCGCACCUCUCGUCUCUCCCGUCGUAACCUGGUUAGUUCCCAGAGCCUUUUAAGGAAGAAAAAAAUAUUUCUUUGAUGAGUUCGUGAGUAAUAAGUGACCGUUGCCACGUCUGAGGCGGGGCGUGGUGAGUGUAAUAUAUGGUGGCAGAGUCGGUGACAAAACUUCUUGUUUUUUUGUCUGUGAUAGAUUUGAUGAGGGCUUGUCUGUUGCAACGUCAUCAAGCUUCCUACAAGUGCGCCUGUACGCGUCGAUGCUGUGCCUACAAAUGAUACUGAGGGCUUUCUUUGUCUUGACUUUGUGUCCUCAUGACCAACCUCCCCCGAUUCGACGUGAUUGGCCCAAUUCAAAGUUUUCCUAAAAAGGAUUUUCUAUUUGGUCCUUGGAUAACAUUUGCAGUUAGGAGUAAAUUGCGUAAAAGAUACUGAGACAAUUCUGAUAGUUUAACCUUCUUUUUUUUUUUGCCAAGAGGCUCAUAACUGCAAUUCUUUUAUCGAUUAGCCUAGUGUUCAGAUAUGCGUGACUGCUUUUCGGCAUAGACUGGUAGAAAAACUAUUUUGCGAGUGGGAGCGAGUUAAAAAAUGUAAAUACUAGUUGUUUUCCUGUAAACUUAAUAUUUCGGAAGCACUGGGCUUGGUAUUUUUGUGAGUGAGCUAGAUGUAUGUACUAAGUGUACUACCUUGCAUAUCAAAUGCGACAUGCCUGUGACAUUUCAUUAUAUUUUUGAUUCAGUGUAAUAGAUUGACAAGUUAAGCAAAAGUUUUCAUUACAGGUCAAACUUUGGGUGUGUCUAAUUGGCGUAAGAGUACGGGUGACAGAUAAGAUAACGAGGGCAUGAAAAUUUGACAUCCGUAAAUACCAAGGAUGUAAAACUGAAAUAUUUCUGAAGUUCCGUCAAAACGGCGCAAGAUGGGAGGGAACUUUUACUAUCACGCCAAUUUGAUACUCUCGCGAAGUGCUGCAGUGAAAUAUCAUAAGCGGUUGCCUUGUUUUACUUGAAGAGUAGAUCUUUAUGAAAAGUGAAAAACUAGUUUUAUAAAUUUAUCACGGAGGUGGCUACUCGGAGGACGCAAAGCAAAGUUGGGCGUAGUACUUGUCCACCUGCUGUGCGCAUCUCUUCUUUUUUUCUUUUUCAUUCCUGUCAGUACUUGUUGGAAGCUCGAUGGCCCCUAGGAUUUCAUUCCACAAGAUGCUGUCAGACGUGGGAGAGUUGCUGUAAUCAGCCCUUACGCACUUCUAGCUCUCUGUGUUUGCUUUAUUCUUGCCAGGUUAUUUUUCGAUGUCCAGUUUCCAUGUUAUGCCUGCAGAACUGUGUUUUCCGACCGAAGGUGUGUCUGUUUGUUGAUGUACAUAUUAUAAAUAUAUACAUAAAUUCAUGCUGUUGAGAAAUCAAUGAAACAAUGCAAAAUA